AUCCCGAAAUGAUCAUGAAACUUGUCACCUUUGUUCAUCAGACUGUUAAAUCUGUUCUUAUUGCUCGGGAAAACAAACAAGAUACACGAAUUGCAAUUAAAGAAUGUGAUAAAUACACACUUGAUUUAAAAAUUCCAACAAAGCUUG